UGCCUGUGUAAACUCAGCAUUUGUGACUUUCUGAAAAAAUUGCCCCUCCCCUUAUUAUCUCAUGCUAUUUAGUUUCACUUUCUCUUAGCUAUUAGAACAAAUCAAUUUAAGCCACAACUGCAGUACAGUCAACAGAAAAGAGUCCCAUAGCUGCAGGCAGGAAUAAAACGGUACACUUGGUUAAGUGGAAACUGGUAGUGCAGAAUUGAAUGGAAUGUUUUUUAGAUCCAUGUUGGAACACAGAGUGGCACACAAGAUGAAGUACUACACAGUUGAGACUGGCAAUACUUUGGAUUCUCAUAUUCAGUUUAUGAGACGACUCAACAACACCACAAGAUGUUUUACGGAAGUCGAGUCGCCAGAGGAGAGUGAUGUCGUCAUGGCUUUCUGUCCCAUCGUCUUCCGCGCCGGGACUGAUAUUGAAGCAGCACUGCAACAGAUUCCAAUGGGUAAAGAUGUCAUUCUGGUAGUGCUGCAUCACACCUUCAACCCAGACUCCACUGUACCUGACAGCAGCAGACUAGUGACCAGAAGUGAUGUAAUACUCACAGUGGACUGUCUGUUCCAUGAGAGCCAGGGACUACUGGACUGUCCUCGCAAUGAUGCAGCAGUCAGAAAUAUUAGGCAGAAGUUUGACACAGUGGACUGUCUGUUCCAUGAGAGCCAGGGACUACUGGACUGUCCUCGCAAUGAUGCAGCAGUCAGAAAUAUUAGGCAGAAGUUUGACACAGUGGACUGUCUGUUCCAUGAGAGCCAGGGACUACUGGACUGUCCUCGCAAUGAUGCAGCAGUCAGAAAUAUUAGGCAGAAGUUUGACACAGUGGACUGUCUGUUCCAUGAGAGCCAGGGACUACUGGACUGUCCUCGCAAUGAUGCAGCAGUCAGAAAUACUAGGCAGAAGUUUGACAUGACCAGAAGUUGUGGUUUUCCAGCUUUGAUUCUAAACGGUGUCAUGUGCACAGUGUCUUCAGUCUACAGCUACCUCUGUACAUGGCUUUUGUAUGUGAAGCGGAGCUUCUGGGACAAUAAUUAGGUUCCAGUAGGUUCAAAAUCCACAUCCCUCUUCAAGACCUCGUUCCAGAAGUGAUGAAAGCAGUUCCACUUUUGUACCAACAAUGAAGACAUGCUAAUUGUUUUUAUGGAUUCCAUCUUAAAUUCAUGGUGUACUUAAGAAAAUGUCUUUACUUUUGAUGUUAAGAGCACUUGCAGGUGUAAUGUAUAGAAAUUGGGGCCGAUAUUAAACAUUUUAAUAAAAACGAAUGGAAAAUAA